GAGUUAUGUCCACACCAGCUGGACCUCAGCACCUCUCUCUCUGGCCUUCUGUCCACACUGGGAUUUGGCUCUGAUUUCCAGAAGGCAGGGUUAGGAAACACCUGCUUCCAGGCAGAGUCAUGCUUCUGUCUGAAUCAGGCUUCAUGGGCUUCACCAACAGACACGAAGGUUUCAUUUAGAUGGAGAACACGUGUUCUCAUUUCUCCAGGGUUCCGGGCCCAUGAGCUGAAGCAGGUGCUGAGAAGUGGGAGAGGCAGCCACUGUGUCCCUCAGGGUCACUCGCCCCACCACGUGAGGCCACUUCCGCCCAGCACUGGGGGUGCUGGGAGCUGAGGGGCCCACAGGGGACGUGGGAGACAGCCCCGAUGCAUCCCCAUCCGCAGUGACGCCAGCCCAGAGUCAUCGCCAAGCACGUGGAGGGACAGCCCUGGAGCCCUGGCCUGGCUCAGCUUCUCCCAGAGUCACUUCCUGAUGCCUCCCCAGCCCUGCCCAGGAAGGGCUUGCGGCCACAGCCCCACAGUGGCCCCCUCGCCUCGACCACCAGUGCCUCCUUCCAAGCUGCCUGAGCAAUCCUGGGUGGUGAGCUCCACGGCUCCCACCCACGCCUCAGCACUGGGACCCCCCAGGGAGGGUGUGGAUCCUCCCUGCCCGCCGUCCACGCCUCAGCACUGGGACCCCCCAGGGACGGUGUGGGGAUUCCUGCCCCCUGUGCACGCCUCAGCACUGGGAGCUGGGAAGGUGUGUGAUUUCCUCCCCCACCUCAGUACUGGGACCCCCAGGAAGAGUGUGGGCCCCACCAUCCUGAGUGCUCAGGGCUGGUGGUCAGCGAGGUGGUUUCUAAACCAAGCCCUGGGAGGAGCCAUCCUGGGACUGUGCUGUGGACAAGGUUGGGGCUCCCACAGUGAGCUCUAGCCCUCCCCAGGACCCUCCCACGGCCCCAGGGUGCCGGCCUUCAGAUUGACCCCAUUCAUGGAUGAGUCUACAAGGCUCCCCAGUGCCCAGCAAGUGUUUUUACAUUCAGAGGUGAGGAAGGGGUGCCAGCAUCUGCCCCAGACACAACCAGGCAGGUACAGAUGUCAUCCCCUUGAGGACAGCAGGGAGGCGACUCAGGAGAGGCUGAUCAGACAGGAGCCGCGUCCCCAUCACCUUCCAGAGAGACCUCCUCUUUUGCCAGGUGUCGUGAGGGCUGUGGCUUAGCUGGGCCUGCGUCCAUCCCCGGUUCUGGGGAGACGCCUGGGCCACUCCUGGGUGGCAGCAGCAGUGGAGGUUUGGGUUUUGAGGGAGCCCUAAGAACCUGAGAGACUUAGAUGGAGCAUGGCAUGCCCUGGAGAGUCCACGUCCCCAGACCCCUCGUGCCAACACCAUUCCAGCCAGCAGUUUCUUCCCUGUGGUCAGAACAAAACCCCCAAGCCUCAGGCCUCAGGCUGGUUUUCCUAACAGGCAAAAUGCUCCUUACAUAAGGAAAGACCUUUCCUUGGCUGACCCUAAAGUAGCCAAGGGGAGCUCACAUCGCCUGGCCUGCCGCCACCACCAGGCUGCCUGACCAGCUCACCGCUCGCCUGACCCCACCCCCAUCAAGCGUCUGCUGGGCAGCCUCACUCCCCGGCCCACCUGUAGCUCCCGAAGGUCUCAAGCCUCAACACCCUGGUAACCAAGUGCACCCAGAAGGCUGGCAGGGUCACGUGGCGGCAGGGGGCCCUUGGCCCCAGGACCCAGGAGGCCCACCUGCCAGGUCAGAGGGCAGCAGGAGGCCACCCCACCUCCCCAGGUUCCCUCGAGCAUUCCUCUGUCAGGAGCAGCUCCCCCAGGAUUCAGGCAUCCCUGGCACCCCCUGCCCCCGCCCUGCUCUCAGGAGCCCCCUGCCAGGUGCUCUGACCACAGGAAACAGGAGCCCUCAGGGCCACUGCCAGAGGACAGAUUCUGCUGUCAACCAGAGGUCCUGGGGCCCCCAUAAGGAGAAAGCUCUAGCCUCCCGUUCAGACAAGGCUCCGUCCUGGGGACGCCCCUCUCCCAAGGUCACCCACGUGGGGGCUUUGUUACUCAUGCUUCCCAGACUGCAUGCUGUGUCAGAGUUUUCACACCUGCCUGAUGUCCUGGGGGGGGGCUCACAGAGGACCGACCCUGCAGGGAGAUGCUGACCCACCCUGAGACCCAGGAGAAGAAAACGGCCAGGGUCCAGGCUGCUCCCACCAUCCCUGGGGGAUCAGCACCUUGGCUGAGCCUGAAUUGACCACCUGGGGCAUAGGUCCAAGAUUUAAUUACAAAACGAUGGGUGGAUGUGGGUUCUGUGUGCCUGUGACAUAGAGAAUGUUUUCCACACCGCGUGUGAAAUGACGAGAGCUUUUGUGUCACACGUGUAGCUGCUACGAGACAGAUGCUCUUGUUCCGGAUCAGAGCAGCAGACAGAACUGGCACUUUUAGGGUCCAAACCCUGUUGCCCACGGAACGCCCAUGACACCAGCUGGGUGGUGCUGCCGCCUCGUCCACGCCCCGUCUGGCUGGGACCUGGAGCUCCCCUCAAGCUGCAGAUCUGCCCUGCACCACAAGGUGGCCUUGCAGAGGAGCCUCCCAAGCUUUGGAACCAGAGGCAGGCUCAGCGAUGCUCUCCAUCUGGCCUGGCCCCACCGUGUGUAUCAGGUGUCAGAGGCCUUGCUGGGUGCCAGGCCGCGUCUGUGCUGUCACAGCUUUGAGGGGCCUGCGGGUCCUAGGGAGAGGCCCGUGCAACGUGAGUAACAGCAGUUUUUCUUCUGACAGCUGGGAUGAAGGUGGGUCCUCCAGGGAGUGCCCUGGUCCUCGAGAGCCAGACUUGAGCACGGGCCUGGAAAUGAAGGUCUCAGGCAGGGGCUGCGCACACCAAUGGUCAGCACUGCCGCUCGGGGCCUGCAGUCGCCCAUAAUGGGCCCUGCCCCCUAGGCCUGGCCUCUUUUGCUUCCCUCCUGGAUGGUUCCUCUACCCCUGGUCCAGCAGGGACUCAGCAGUGCCUGCCAGCUGCAGACCCCAUGCUCCUGCAGCCUGGAACUCUCCUGCCCUCCAAAGGUCACGGGGUGACCCAGGGUGGGAACACCAGACCCCCUCACCCCCUGUCCACCACCCAUGGCCGGGGUCACAGUGUCUCAGAGCCGGGGCGAGCCAUCCUAGAACCAGUGUACCCCACAACCUUAAAGACCAGUGAAGGCCAGUGGGCGGGGUGGUCCAGGCAUGUCCCCCACGCAGGUCCGGCCAUCUCUGCACAGAACUGGAAUCUUGGUUCAUUUCGGUUUUAGCAGGUCCCGCAUAGUUAGCAGGACAGCACUUGAGUUAGGUCUGAGAAAGAAUGCCCGUUUGUCAUGGCAUUUCCUGUAAGGAGCCUAGAGCCGUGGCCCCAGGUUGGGUCGGCGGCACCAGAGCUGGGCCUGAGUCUGACCCAACCUGUGUUGGGUGGUCCUGCUGGAAUGGGAACCCCAAGAGGACCACCCCUCUCCAAAAGAAGGGAAAACAGUAAGAGAGAGGGAGGCUGCAGGGGCUCAGACCUUGGCCGACCUUCCCAGCCAUGGCCUCCACCCUCUAAGACCCAGGGGCCCCACAGUGACACCAGGGUGUUGGGCCACACAGAGCCCGAGUAGGUAAAGGAAGGUUCUGGAAACCACUUUUCAGAACCCAAAAGGUGUCUGGGAAAUGGUGUUACCUGCCACUGUUGUAAAGUGUUUACUUUGUAUCAAUACUGAAUUGUUAAAUUUUAAUCAUAAAAAUCAAUGGAACAUGUUUUUCUACUGUGUCCUUCCAGAUUCUCUUAUCUGGUCCUGGAAAGGGCCCUGUGUCUGGGGAAACCUCUUGUGCACCUCAUGAGGGGAGCCCGGGGGCCCACAUCAGCUGGCCGAGGGCAGCCACCGCUGAAGGAUGGGGUCGGGGCCCACCCACCUCUUCACGCACACGUCCGCCUGCUGGACAGUGCCUGGGGCCCCACCCCAGAGCACAGUCCCUUCCUCAUGGGUCGCCUCCCGGGGAGAGGCAUUGCUCAGGCUCAGGGAACAAAUUGGGGAGGGUCAGACAGGGAGGCUGAUGGGGCACUCAUGACCAGCACCCUCCAGGCUUGCUCAGCAGCCUUCCCCCUCCCACUGCUGUUUCUCUUUCUGUCUCCCCCUGUCUGUCUGUCUUUCUCAGUCUCUGUCUCUGCCUACCAGUCUCUCUCUCUCUUAGUCUCUGUCUCUCCCUCUCUGUCUCUCUCUGUCUCUUUUUGUUUCCCUUUCUCUCUCCCUCUCAGUCUCUGUCUCUCUCCCUCUCAGUUUCUGUCCCUCUGUCUCAGUCUCAGUCUCCCUCAGCCUCUGUCCCUCAUGGCCGUGAUCCUCCGUGGUGCCCUGUAGCGAUGUGUGCAAUGAUGUGUGCAGCGAUGUGCACUGACCCUGCCCUGAGUGUCACGGGGAGAGGUGAGUGCAGCACCCAACAGCGGCCCAACACGGUCAGUGCUGGGAGUGAACCAUGGAAAGUACGGAAGCCACCCCCGCCGGGUCCUUGCGGAGAAGGAAAGGCACAGGGAAGGGGCAAAGCAGCAGCUUCAUUCCUGGCCACUCGUCUCACCCCAGAUGCAAGGCAAAGUGUGGGAGCGGCCCCAGAGGCCACUGUGGAAAGGGAACUGGUUACCGAGUGAGGCGCAGGGGCCUGGCCUGUUCUCUGCCCCGCUGACUGGUUGGGGGGCCCAGGGCUGGGCAGUAGCCCCGCUUGGAUGGUAAACAGGACCUGCCCGCUGGUCUCACUGGCCGCCAGCACGAACGCCUGCCAAGACUGGCUUUUUGCAGCAUGGAGCACAAGCUUCUCUGCCCAGCCCUGCCAUGGGCACAGGCUGCCCUUCUGUGUCGGCUGGGUGCCUGAGCCAAGCAACUCCCAGCGGCUGGGUGCCCCAAGGCUGGGCAGAUGCAGGCGUCCCAGGACCAAAAUAGCAGUCAGAUGAUCACAAGGCCCCGUGGCAGGGCCCCCAGGGCAGGCUGCUCACAGCUGCUGCAGCUAAAGAUAGGCGUGAAGGGCACACGCCUUGGGGAAAGUCGUGGGGAGCGGUCCUGUCUCGGGCCACGGGCACAAUGAGGUCACUCCGCUUCAUUUCUGCAGAAGCCCUGGUGUCCCACCCCCAGGUGGCCCGGCAGAGCCUGGACAGCGUGGCCCACAACCUCUACCCAUGCCUGUUCAAAGCCAGCUACCUGCUGGAGCAGGCGGAGGUGACGCGCGCGGUGCUGGGGCGCUGGCCCCUGGAGGAGUUCCGGCUGGGAGCGCUGCUGGGUCCUAGUGCCGACCACCCCCAGGACCUGCGCGACAGAACCUGCAGGGCCUGCCUGGAGGCGCUGGUGCGCGGCCUCGCGGACCACGUGCUGCAGGACCGGAGCCGCCGGCGGCUGCGGGUGGCUGACCUCACGGGCAUCCGAGAUGUGCAGGUGCAGCGGUGCCCAUGCGGGAGGGCGCUGGGCAGGUGGGGCCGCACCCAGCUGCUGGCCAGGACCUGCUGUGAGCUGCAGGCAGAGCCCCUCGCAGCCGGGCGCCCCGUCGAGGUCCUCGCCGACCUCUUCGUCACUGACGGCAACUUCGAGGCGGUGGUGCAGGCUCUGAGGCCAGCGGGCCCGGCCCCGCUGCGGGUGCACUGCCCCUCGUUCCGGGCGGACAGCCUGAGCCCCAGCCAGCUCCUGCACGUGCUGCGUCUGGCUGGCCCGGGUGCCCUGCGCAAGCUGGAGGUGGUGCACAACGUGCGGCUGCAUGCGGGCCACGUACAGCAGCUGCUGGCCCAGGUGGGCUUCCCCCGGCUGGCCUCGCUCACCCUGCCCACCAAGGCCUUUGAUGCACCCCCCACCUGUGCCUCCACUCCCGACGGCGAGGACCCCCUCCUCGCCUCCAUCGCCCGGGAGCUCAGCAAGAUGACGCAGCUCACCGAGCUCAGUGUGGCCUUCUCCACGCUGACCGGGAAGAUCCCGACGCUGCUUGGCCCCCUACAGACCCCGCUGCGAGUGCUGGACCUGGCCAACUGUGCCCUGAACCACACGGACAUGGCCUUCUUGGCAGACUGUACCCACGCUGCCCACCUGGAGGUGCUGGACCUCAGUGGACACAACCUGGUCAGCCUGUACCCCUCAACCUUCUUCAGGCUGCUCGGCCAGGCUUCCCGGACGCUGAGGAUCCUGACACUGGAGGAGUGUGGCAUCGUAGACAGCCACGUUGGCAUGCUGAUCCUGGGCCUGAGCCCCUGCCACCGGCUGCGCCAGCUCAAGUUCCUUGGGAACCCGCUGUCGGCCCGCGCCCUCCGGCGCCUCUUCACCGCACUCUGUGAGCUCCCCGAGCUGCGCUGCAUUGAGUUCCCGGUGCCCAAGGACUGCUACCCCGAGGGUGCCUCCUAUCCCCAGGACGAUCUGGCCAUGUCCAAGUUCGACCAGCAGAAAUAUGAUGAGAUCGCCGAGGAGCUGCGUGCCGUGCUGCUGCGGGCCGACCGAGAGGACAUCCAGGUCUCCACACCUCUCUUUGGAAGUUUCGACCCGGAUAUUCAAGAAACAAGCAAUGAGCUUGGCGCUUUCUUGCUGCAAGCUUUCAAAACUGCUCUAGAAAACUUCUCCAGAGCACUCAAACAAAUAGAGUAGUUCCUCCACUCACACCAGUGACAGGUCUUGCAUUUCAGCCUGCAGGUGCCCCAGGCUUCAGUCCUGGAUCUGAGGCUUGGGCCUGGCAUUCAUCCCCACCACCACCACCACCAAAAGCAGUUCUUAGUGGAAAUUGUAGGCGAGCCUGUUAAGCGCUGUAGAAGAGGAAGCCUUCCAGGAGAGGUGCCAUGUGGUGCCCUUUAGUGGCAGCACGGCAAGGUUCUGGAGGCGAGGGAAGCCACCAAGAGACAGUGACUGAGGGUCAGCAGGGGCAGACGCCACAUGGCAAGGAGGAGAGAAGCCCGGGAGGUGUGAGGAGCGGCUGACCUGGCCUCGGCGCAUCCAGGCACUGGGCACAAGAUGAAGCUUCAGGGGGCAGAUGUGACUGGGCUCCACAGCAGGGAGGAGGAGGGGAAGAGAGAAUGCAUCACAGAAACUGCACAAAAUAAGCAGCCCAUGAAAAACAACUGAGAAAAAGAGUCGAAAAAUGAACAGCAAACCGGACCCUGCUUCCCCCAGCAGGAGGCUCCCACACGCUGCUGGUCACAUCCCGCUGUCUGCACCACAGAAACUGCACAAAAUAAGCAGCCCAUGAAAAACAACUGAGAAAAAAGUCGAAAAAUGAACAGCAAACCGGACCCUGCUUCCUCCAGCAGGAGGCUCCCACACGCUGCUGGUCACAUCCCGCUGUCUGCACCUGCCACUUACGGGAUGAGGUGGGCCUGCAGGGAACGCGCGGCUUUUGGUUGCUGUUAGUGGCGGCUUUUCUUCUCACUUUGUGUAGCCCCCAGAACCGUAAGGGGCAUCCAAGUGGGUGAGCACAGGCGUCCGCUGAAGAGCCACCUGGACCAGGGCGGUCAGCGCUGUGGGGAGGCCUUCGCCCGACCGCUCCACUGUUUCUCACCAACAUUCACUGUGUCCCGCGGGGCUCGAGGCUCAGACUGACGGGAGCUAUUCUAGGUGUUUAAUUGAAGGCCUAGCACUUGACCAGCCCCUGGAGAAGCUGACAACCACCUAAGACACAUUUGGACUUGGUGUCCACCAAGAAUGACUUUGUGCAAAGAAAUGGCUGAGCACUAGAAAAACUAAAUGCAAAUAAAAUGCAUCUUUCAGUGCAGUUCA